AUGUCCUUUGUCAUUAGAAGAAAACUAUCCACUUUGAUCCCUCCAAAGAUCGCUUCCGCAAAGAACCUGGGAUCCAACCCUCACGCUAAGAAGAUCCAGGAGGUCGUCAAGUUCUACAAGGCUCUUCCUCAAGGCCAAGCCUCUUUCCCUAAAGCUUCUUCGCCAAUUGGAAAAUACGGAGAGAAGUACUUCAACGACGGAAACGCUUCAGCUAAGCCAUUGUUGCACUUGGCUUUAGGUGUUAUUCUUUUCGGUUACUCCUUAGAAUACUACUACCACUUGCGCCAUCACAAAGGUGAACAUUAG